AUGAGCGAACAAACGCCACUAUCGGCGGAGUACCCACUAACACUACAGACAGUCGAAUUCUUUCAAAAACUUGAGAAAGAACUAUUAAAUGGCCCUCACCACCAAUAUGUACGAGGGAAUAGUGUUCGUAUAGAUUGCUUUAGGCGACAUGUUCACGAAGCAAACCGGAAAAUGGAUAUGCCAUUGAACCCAUACAUAUUAAGCAGGGCAAUGAUACCAGUUCACGCGGUAAUUACUAAUCCGAACGCGGAGAGAUCCGUGUGCAUAGAAGUGGGGAAAAUACUAGAAGAUACUAUCGCUCGACGGAUUAUAUCUAUUGAUCACUUAUUCGAAGAAUAA